CCGGUGUGUGUCGUCGCGCGCGUUUCGUUGGUUGGAGCCGAUUCGUGACGUUACGUCUUUCUAAUAAAGGAUCGUCGCAGGAAGAAAGAUGGCCCGCAACGCUGAGAAGGCAAUGACGGCUCUGGCCCGGUUCAGACAGGCCCAGCUGGAGGAGGGCAAAGUCAAGGAACGGAGGCCUUUCCUGGCGUCAGAGUGCUGUGAUCUUCCUAAAGCGGAGAAAUGGCGGAGACAGAUCAUCAGUGAGAUCUCUAAGAAAGUGGCCCAAAUCCAAAAUGCGGGUUUGGGGGAGUUCAGGAUUCGUGAUCUGAAUGAUGAAAUCAACAAGUUACUGCGAGAGAAAGGGCACUGGGAAGUCCGGAUCAAAGAGCUGGGUGGACCUGACUACGGGCGUAUAGGUCCUAAAAUGUUGGACCAUGAGGGAAAGGAGGUUCCAGGUAACAGAGGGUAUAAAUACUUUGGAGCUGCCAGAGAUCUGCCGGGGGUCCGAGAGCUGUUUGAGAAAGAACCCGCCCCUCCAGUGAGGAAGACUCGUGCAGAGCUGAUGAAGGAUGUGGAUGCAGAGUAUUAUGGCUACCGGGACGAAGACGAUGGAGUUCUGCUUCCUUUAGAGCAAGACUACGAGAAACAAACCAUAGCAGAGGCGGUAGAGAAGUGGAAAAGAGAGAAGGAGGAACGCCGUCUUGCAGGAGGAGGAGAGAAAGAGGAGGAAGAAGAGAAUAUCUACGCAGUGGGGAAAGAGGAGUCGGAUGAGGAGCUCGGAGAGGAGCAGGAAGAGGAGGAUGGAAAACACACCUUCAUUGCACAUGUCCCUGUCCCUUCACAGAAGGAGGUUGAAGAGGCUCUUGUCAGAAGGAAGAAGAUGGAGUUGUUGCAGAGAUAUGCCAGUGAGACGCUGUUGGCCCAAAGUACAGAGGCCAGAGCCCUGCUGGGGCUCUAGACUGUGUGUGUGAUAUAGGUAAUAUUGUGGGGUGUUGGUGUAAAUAAUGUGUGCACAUGAACGUUGUCUCAGUGUGUUUCCUGACAGAAGAGGAGCUGCAGUGGGACUCGUGACGAUGUAAAGACACGGUGCUGAACAUCAUGGUUGUCUUUGGUGCUGGAAGCUGCGGUGCUGGUGGACCUCUGGUUAAAAUGUCUCCUCCUCUCUUCUGUCUGUUGCCGUGUCGCUGUCCUAGUACCACCGUUCUCACCUGGCCUGCCACACCUGCACACAUUCACACCACAACCAGAGUCAUAGUGGAUAUCAUCAGUGGAUAAAAAGAUUAUAGGUGUAAAAGAGCACCAGCAUAUAGCGCCAAGACCUUCCCAGAAUGCCUUCCUACAUGACCCUGGUGCAGAACCUUCACAUCUGUCUCAUCUGUCACACCAGCCUGGUGAAGCUGUGUCAUGGAGUCUGUGGAGGCAUUGUGGUCCCACAGCAAAGCACCACAAUACCAGCGUGAUCCUGGAUGUGUAGCUGUUUGUACCAGGAUGAGUCAUGCAGGGGCGUCUCUGGUCUCCAGGUCUGAGCUGCAGGAUGGGUGUCACCUGCUGACUCCUUGAAGGACUCAUGAUGUGCUGACGCACUCGACAACCGUUAGUGUCACAAGUGCUGCAGAGAUGCUGCUGUACUUCUGUUAAGUCAUUGCUGUUUUACUUCUUUUUUGUUUCUUUCUUUUUGUUCUUGUUGUUCUUUUGUACUUUCUCAGUGUUUUUAUGUCCCUUAAAGAAACUCAAUAAAAACCUAAAAAAAACCAUCAGAACCGUGUUUAUCGGCCAUGUAG